UGACCACCAUGGUGAGGCUCGUGCUGCCCAACCCUGACCUGGAGGACCGGAUCCUGACCUUGGAUGAGCUGGAAACCAUUGAGGAAAAGGAGGCUAGUUCCCGGCCCAAGUGGGACAACAAGACCCAGUACAUGCUCACCUGCGUGGGCUUCUGCGUGGGGCUUGGCAACGUGUGGCGCUUCCCCUACCUCUGCCAGAGCCACGGAGGAGGGGCCUUUAUGAUCCCGUUUCUCAUCCUGUUGGUCCUGGAAGGCAUCCCUUUGCUGUACCUGGAGUUCGCCAUCGGCCAACGGUUGCGGAAGGGCAGCGUGGGUGUGUGGAGUACCAUUCACCCGGCCCUGAAGGGCGUAGGCGUUGCCUCCAUGUUCGUGUCCUUCAUGGUCAGCCUGUACUACAACACCAUCAUCGCCUGGGUCAUGUGGUACUUCUUCAACUCCUUCCAGGACCCUCUGCCGUGGAAUGAGUGUCCGAUCAAUGAGAACCACACAGGCUACGUGGAAGAGUGUGCCAAGAGCUCCCCUGUGGACUACUUCUGGUACCGAGAGACCCUCAACAUCUCCACCUCCAUCAACGACUCAGGCUCCAUCCAGUGGUGGAUUCUGCUCUGCCUGACUUGCGCCUGGAGUGUGCUGUAUGUUUGCAUCAUCCGUGGCAUUGAGACCACAGGGAAGGCUGUGUACAUCACCUCCACACUACCCUACAUCGUGCUGACCAUCUUCCUCAUCCGCGGCUUGACGCUGAAGGGUGCCACCAAUGGCAUUGUGUUCCUUUUCACACCAAAUAUCACGGAGCUGGCCAACCCCAACACCUGGCUGGAUGCAGGCGCACAGGUCUUCUACUCCUUCUCACUGGCCUUUGGGGGCCUCAUCUCCUUCUCCAGCUACAACUCUGUGCACAACAACUGUGAGAUGGACUCUUUGAUUGUGUCCAUCAUCAAUGGCUUCACCUCUGUGUACGCGGCCACCGUGGUCUACUCCAUCAUCGGCUUCCGUGCUACCGAGAGCUACGAUGACUGCUUCAAUACGAACAUCCUGACCCUCAUCAACGGGUUUGACCUGCCCGAGGGCAAUGUGACCCAGGAGAACUUCGAGGCCAUGCAACAGUGGUGCAAUGCCACUGACCCUGUGGCCUACUCACAGCUCCAGUUCCAGACCUGCGACAUAAACACUUUCCUUUCCCAGGGUGUGGAGGGCACUGGCCUGGCUUUCAUCGUCUUCACCGAAGCCAUCACCAAGAUGCCUGUGUCCCCGCUGUGGUCCGUGCUCUUCUUCAUCAUGCUGUUCUGCCUGGGCCUUUCGUCCAUGUUUGGAAACACAGAGGGUGUGGUUGUGCCCCUUCAGGACCUCAGGAUCUUACCCCAGAAUUGGCCCAAAGAGCUGAUCACAGGUAUCAUCUGCUUUGGGACAUAUCUCAUCGCCUUCAUUUUCACACUGAACUCCGGCCAGUACUGGCUGUCCCUGCUGGACCAAUACGCUGGUUCCAUCCCCUUGCUCAUCAUUGCCUUCUGUGAGAUGUUUGCCGUCGUCUAUGUAUAUGGUGUGGACAGGUUCAACAGGGACAUUGAGUUCAUGAUAGGGCACAAGCCCAACAUCUUCUGGCAGGUCAUGUGGAGAGUGGUCAGCCCACUGAUCAUGCUUGUCAUUGUCAUCUUCUACCUCGUGAUCGAGGUCAACAAAGAUCUCACCUACAGCAUCUGGGACCCUGGCCAUGAGGACUUCCCCCAAUCCCAGAAGAUCUCGUACCCAAAUUGGGUGUAUGCCGUGGUGGUCAUCGUGGUUGGGGUGCCCUGCCUCACCAUCCCUGGCUUUGCCCUCUACAAGGUCAUCAGGAACUGUUGCCAGAAGUCAGGGGACCACCAGGGGCUGGUCAGCACGCAGUCCACAGCCUCCAUAAACGGGGACCUGAAGUACUGA